AUGGCUGUCAACGUCCCCAAGACCAUGAAGGCCCUCCUUUACGACAAGCCAGAGGUGCACAAGAUCACUGAGAUCCCCGUUCCGACCCUCAGAGAGAACGACGUUUUGAUCAAAGUCAAGGCAUGCGGUGUCUGCGGCACAGACCUCCACAUUCACGAGGGCGAGUUCAUCGCACAGUUCCCUCUGGUCCCAGGCCAUGAAACCGUCGGGGUUGUUGCAGCUGUGGGACCCAAGGUCAAGGGCUUCAGCAUUGGCGAUCGUGUGGUUGCCGAUAACUCUGAGCUCUGCGGCGAGUGCUUCUACUGCCGUCGGGGCGAUGAGCUGUUCUGCGAGAACUUCCAUGCCCAUGGCGUCACCAUGAAUGGAGGUUUUGCCGAAUACUGUGCUUACCCUGCUGGCAGGGUAUUCAAGAUCCAAAACCUCUCCGAUGUUGACGCCACUCUUCUCGAGCCCGCCUCGUGCGCCGCACAUGGUCUCGACAAGAUCGCUCCCAAGAUGGGCUCCCGAGUCCUCCUCUUCGGUGCUGGACCCACUGGCUUGAUUCUCGCCCAGUUGCUCCGUCUGAACGGUGGAUGCCACGUCGUUGUCUGCGCCCCCGAGGGUUUGAAGAUGGAGCUCGCCAAGUCACUCGGCGCCGGCGACGAAUACAUUGGGCUCUCCCGCCAGGACCCUAGCACUCAGUUCAACAAGCUCAAGGCGGAUAACCCAUACGGCUUCGACAUCGUCGUCGAGGCUACCGGUAACGUCAAGAUCCUUGAGGACUCUAUUAACUAUGUGCGCCGCGGCGGUAAGCUCGUCGUGUACGGCGUGUAUUCCAACAAGGACCGGGUUUCGUGGCCUCCUAGCAAGAUCUUCGGCGAUGAAAUCCAAAUCAUCGGCAGCUUCUCCGAAGUCUACAAGUUCCCCGCAGCCAUUGACUACCUCGACUCUGGCAAGGUCAAGGUCUCGGGAAUCGUUAACAAGGUGUAUAGAAUCGAGCAGUGGGAGGAGUGUCUCGAGGCUAUGCGGAACAAGAGUGCUAUCAAGGCGGCCAUCACAUUCGACUAG